AUGGAGCCGUCGCCACUCACGCAGGUCUCACAGCAGUCCUUCCAACCCAAAAUCAUCCACCUCUACGAAACUCUUUUUCGCGAAGAAGACGAGGACGUCGAGCUUUCCGAAGGCUUCUGGGAAGAGUUCUUCCUCCACAGACCAGACCAUGCGGGAUUCAAGCGCGUCUUGGGCGGGAUCUCGCCCGACGAGAUGCUACAUAUGCAGGAGCAUUCGCAGGAGCUCUUUCGACGCGCCAUCGCACGGAUAAAGGCGGGCUCCGCACCUUCAGAUGAGAUCGCGCUCGAGACCUUGACGGUGUUCCUAGACGCUGCCCUGAGCAAGAAGUACACCAACCCAAGCUCGGAUAUCAUCUCGGUGCUGGCAGGUCUACACGAUGCGGACGUGGUUAUGGCGGAGUUUGUGGGCGCGCUGGAUAUGGUCAUACGGAAUGGGAGGAAUAUCCCUUUGCGAUUGAAGGCCGUACGAACGACGCUCUCCAUUACCGCCGCCGGCUUUCUUACGGUGCUUCCCUCGUACUUUACACAUCGAGACCUCUUCCCGUCGCUCAUGAAGUACAUCCAGGACUGCGAGAACAGUACGCAAGUGCUGCCAGCCUUCUACUUGCUAGGCCUGCUCGUCAACUACAACAAAUUCGAAUUCCAGAACCCGUAUAGGCUACGGCUCGACGACUUCGUAAACGACGCCAUAAUACAAAAGAUCAUUACAACCUUUGGAGAGACAUGCGUCGAAUUAAGAGACGCCUAUGUUGCUGUGCAAGACGACAUGCCCGAGGGCUGGUCAUUAGGCUCGACAUUGAAUUACUUUGGACUGGGGUUGCUGGCGCCCGCAUCACGGCCGUCAACGCCGACCCCAACAGCUGAGGAGAGCAAGUCCUUAUUUGCAACACUCCCUGGGCCUGAAAUCGGCGUACUCUUGUCAACGUACGAUUUCGCCAAUGCCAACAAGGUCUUUUGCUUCAACCUUGUGUCCACAGACCCGCAGAACAAAGGCGACACUUCGCCUAUGAGUGCUUUUCUCUCGCUCACCUCUUAUCUGUUCCAGCAUGCACAUCGCUCCCAACGAGCAGCGUUAUACACCUAUCUUAGCCUUUUCAUCCUGCAGAUACUUGUCGAGGACCAGUCGCUGGUGAAGCGCUUGUGCAGUGACGAAAGCAAGCUUUCGGUCCGACUCUGCCGACAGCGGCAACCCUAUCUACCUCUCGUACGGGGCGAUCGGACAGCAGCAUCCAUCAUAAUAGACCUCAUCAUAGACGGCAUCAACCACAAUCUCCGACGAAAACUAGACGUCAAUUUCUACACCCUCUCCCUUGGCAUCCUCCUCCGCCUCCUCACCUACCUCAGCAGAGCCAAAGUCCGCAUAUCCUACCACUGGUCCGAGCUCUGGCGCUCCCUCCUUUCGUUCUUCCGCUUCCUCACCACCUACGUCUCCGACGUCCGGUCCUUGCACCGUUCCACUGAAAUGGUCUCCCUCCUCACCAACCUCCUCGCCUUCGCCCUUUCCAGCGGCGAAAACUUCCUCCCCGACCCCACCGCCUACGACGACCUCUUUUACAAGCUUGUUGAGACGGGCGACAUCCUGACCAAAUUCCGGGACGCUUUCGACCUCAAGUCUGCGACAUCGAUGCAAACGCUUGUGAAUGUGUCGGCGCAUUAUCACAGCUUGUUGGAAGGGAAGGAAAAGGGUGGACUGAGGAGGAAGAAUUUAAGUCCCAAGGAGGUGAGCAGUGCUAUUAAGCAGGGCUACGAGACCCUGAGUAUUGAGGCGGGGGAGGGGCUGGAGAGGUGGGAGUGGUACAGGGAGGCGGACUGGAAGGGGGUAUUGAAGAGGGUUGCGAGGGUGGUGGUGGAGGACGCAAAGGGGGUGAGGGAUGAGCGGUGA